AACAUAAACACGCAAACUCGAUCAACAAUUCUAUGAAAUGAAAUGCAAGGAGGUAAUUUAGAGAUAAUAGAAAAAAAGUGGGGUUCUGGUGUUGAUUUAAGGCAACAGUUAAGCAAGUUUCACUUGGGGAUAAAGUGUAAGCAACACUUGUGCAGAAUCAGCUAUUAAUAUGGUGCAUGCUGAGGAGAAAGAAACCAAGAAAGUCUCGAAAAUAGGCUCCUUUAGAAAGGGUAUUAAUUUGCUUAAAAGGUCAAAGCGCAAAACUGACGAUGAGAACGAAAGUUCAUCUGCUGAGGUAGAAGUUUUAGAAAAGAAAAAAGAAGAACCGCGGCCAUUAGAAGCAUCUACCACAACAACAAAAUCCAAAGCACCUGGUCCACCAGUCAACGGAGAGGUACAUCAUGCCAAGGAGUCUGCCUCUAGUAGUAAUGCGGGUGUCAGUUUACGAGGAAGAGGUCGAUUAAAGAAUAAACCAUCAAGAGAGAACAGGGCUAGGGUGACAUAUAGCUAUGUUCCUAUGAAUGAAGACGAGUUGAAGCUGUUACCAAACGAUGUGAUCCUGGAUGUAGUAGAGGUGGAGGAUGGAUGGUGCGAAGGGAGUUUGAACGGUAGACGUGGGAUGUUCCCAUCUAACUUUGUGUCAAUCAUUAAAGAGGAGGACGAUGAACCUCAGGAAACAGCCAGUAAAAACGAUACCAGCGUAGCAACUCAACCAAUAGCAAUAGCUGCCAGCAGAAGUGAUACACCCACAGCCAGUUCUUCCGUAUCUAAUACACCUACUUCUCAAACAAAUGUACAAACAAAGCCUGUGAAAUUACCAGGUGCCAUUGGGUUUGGUGUAGAUAUAUUUAAGGAUGCGAAGCCAUUGAGGCGGAGAGAAUUAGGUCCAAUGAAAUCUUCAGAGGUAAAAAAUGGUUCAUCAAAUCUUGAGUUGAUGAAGAAAAGAAAUUCGUUAAAAAAACCACUGGUGCCAUCCGAGGAACUUGCCUUGCCUUUGAAGCAAUUGAAAACAGUUGAAGAUCAGCCAAAACUGGAACCGAUCAUGCAAGAAGUAAAAGCUGUAGAAAAGGCAAAAGUUGUCUAUGAUUAUACACCUGAAAACAGUGAUGAACUCGCUUUGAAAGAGGGUGAUAUCAUCACAGUCUUGGACAAAGAAUCUGUUGAUAGUGGUUGGUGGUACGGGGAAUGCCACGGCAAACAAGGAAUGUUCCCGGAUAACUUUGUCCUAUUAAUUCCCAAUGAACCAGAAAGACCAAAAAAAGAAUCAGUCCCACUAAGGCCACCAGCUCCAAAUAAACCUCCUAACCGACCACCAAGCAUAGAAGCUAAGUCGAUACACAAACCACUUCCAAAAUCACUGUUAGAUUCAUCUGUGCCACCAGUAUCGCCACUCAAGCCACCGGUCAAAUCUGACGAACCCUCUAAGUCUGCCACUGGACCCUCACGGCCAGCAAAACCUAUACAAAGGAAACCACCUCCAAUUAAAAACAAGCCAGCCCCAAGUAAGCAGGUGCUUCCACCAAGCAAUACAAAAGAACAAGAUAAAAAACCGACCGCAAUGGCCCACAAUUCAGGAGAUUCAUUUGAUGACAUAAAAUCGAAUAAUAAGCUGAAUCAUCCAAAUCUUUCAAGACCAAAGACGCCAAAUAAACGGCCACCAUCUGUAUACAAGGCUGUAGAGGGGCCGAAACGAUCAAACACAAUUUCAAGGUUGAGUACAAUAGCAAGCAACGAUGGUGAUGAGAGUUCUAAAGUACCAUGGCAACACGAGAUGCGUUCAAAAUCGCUCAAGCGUCAGUCAACAUUACCAGCUGGUCUAAAGAAUCUCGAGUCGGAGGAACUUGCAGCAGCAAUUUUGAGCAGUCCGAUGGUGACAAAGAACAAAACGCAAAUGGCAACCGUGGCCCCUACACAACCAGAAAAGCCAAUUGAAGAAUCACCGUCCGUGCAAACACACAAGGAACGAGACACGGACGCUCCAAAAGACCAAGAACCGACCUCUGAAUCGGCUUUUGAGCUGGAACUAAAAAAUGAAAUCAAGUCUUUGAAAGAGACAAUGAAAAAAGACAUGAAAGCACUCAAAGACAUGAUGACGAGUAUGAGGUCAGACUUGAGGAAGGAAAUGAAGUCACUGAUGGAAGAGGUCGACGAAGAAAAGAAACUGCGGAUGAACAUGCAGGUUGAGUUGGACCGAAUGAAAAAGCUAGUUAAAGAAAUGAACUGAUAUUUAGCUGCCACCAUUAUUUAAUAAAUGGGGCCAAUUUGGAUGUGUUCAUCAUCUUAUUUGUUCUGUAGAUGUUACUAACUUAUGGGCCAUUAAUUAUUGUUUAGUAAUUAUUCACAAUACUAUAUUAACUUUAAAAUCAGAUCUGCUGAGAUUUAUUUUUCAUAUACUCAGUAAGUUUGUAUUUUAAUUAUGUGAAAACCCACUUUUUAAGCUUAAAGAUAAUUAUAAUAUUAAUUAUUAUUAUAAUAAGUUUAAUACAAUGCAGUGUCUAAACAUAAAGACUGCAAACCUUGACCUUGUUGAUUCAUAGCUACAUGCUAAUAAAGUGACCUGGAGCUAAGAUAUGGUCUUGCUUUGUUAAGAUAUGGUUUGGUCUAUGGGGCUAAGACCUUGGCUUACUAAAGGAUAAGAUAGGAUCAUAAAUUGUGGCUAAUAAGAUAUGGUCAGGCCUUAGGAGCAAAACAUGGCUUUAUUGGUACAUGGUACUAAGCCCUGAUCUAAACUAAGACCUGGUCUAAAUCCGUGGGUAAUAUAUGGUCAGGCUUAAUGACUGAUACAUGGCUUGAUUUAGGGUUUAAAACACGGUUCUGUCUAUGGUCAAAGGUAUUGCCUGUCUGAAGGGUUUGCAAUAUACUAAAUAAGAUGACCAUGAUACUUAUCUGCCCACGAAUAAUAAAAUACUUUUCAAAGUUUUGUGUACAUAUUGUAUAUGAUUAUAGAACAUAUUGUAGUUUGUUUUGCUUUGCGGCUAAUGCUAAGUAUAGGCUGUUUCUACCGCCAUUAAGCUUCUAUUGACUAUCACCUUGUAAACAAGAGUAUAUUUAAUCUAUAAAAAUCAUCAAAGAAGAUAUAACUGGUAUUUUUUAUUAAUCAGUGAUGAUAUUAUUCAUCACUGAAUCAUCAAUUCUAUUCUUAUUGCUUUUUUAAAUAGUCUACAUAAGUAUUAAUAAAAGCAUUGUUUUUUUGUGUAGUUUUGUAGCAAACUGGGUGAAUAUUUAAAUUUGAAAAUUUUAUAAGGGAACAGAUUUGCCAAUAUAAAAAAAUUAUUAUAAUAAAUGUCUGUCAUGUUUUAGCCAAUGGUGUGGUCAAAUUCAGGACAUGGUUCCACCAGGGUCUUAUUCUGGAAGUUGUAUUGUAUGUUGGAUGGGAUUUCUCAGGGCUACAUAAUUGGAAUGACACUGACAGGGUUGCUAGGAACUGAUCAUGAUGACAUUUACCAACAUAUAUAAAUAUCUAAAAUAAAAAAUAUUUUUCUAAAUGUAAAACACAUUUCUCUUGUAGUACUAAUAACAUUAGUAAUAUAGUAAUUGUUAAUGAUAAUUAUAUGAAUUUAUAAUGUGCAUAUAUUCUCAUGGAGGAACAAGUCAAAGACUUAAAUGUGAUGACAAU